AUGGCGUUUCUGUGGGCAGUUGCCUGCCUGGCCCUUGCCAGCACCAUCUCAGGCUGCAGGGUGCCUGCCAUCAGCUCCUCAGUGCACUACAGUGAAAGGAUUGUCAACGGGCAGAGCGUGGUGCCUGGCUCAUGGCCCCGGCAGGUGUCCCUGCAGACCCACUCAGGAUCCCACUUCUGCGGCAGCUCCUUGAUCAACGAGAACUGGGUCAUCGCAGCCGCCCACUGCUCUUGCAGCCCGUACUCCCACAUUGUCGGCCUUGGGGAAUAUGACCUUGGCUCCAGCAGGCAGUCCAUUCAAGUGAAGACCAUGGUCAGGGCCAUCACAAACCCCAGCUGGGACCCCUACAACCUCAACAAUGACAUCACCCUGCUGAAACUCUCACCUGCCCAGCUGGGACCCCACGUGUCCCCCAUCUCUGCCCCCACCAACCAGGCUCUGCCCACCAACCCCCAGUGUGUCACCACCGGCUGGGGAGGCACCAACACCAACUCCCAAGCCUUGGCAGCAUGCCUGCAACAGGUAACCCUGCCCUUGAUCUCCCCACACCAGUGCAUGCAGUACUGGGGCAACCAGAUCACCAGCCUCGUGCUCUGUGCUGGCGGGGCUGGCACCUCUUCCUGCCAGGGUGACUCUGGUGGACCUCUGGCAUACCAGAAUAGGAAUGUCUGGACCUUGAUCAGCAUUGUCUCCUGGGGAAACACCAACUGCAACGUUCACAUGCCUGCCAUCUACACCCAUGUAAGCCAGUUCUGAAACUGGACUGACUACGCUAUUUCUCAGGAAUAGAACUGGUGCCAGAGGGAUCCCUUUGCUGGGCACUGCUCCUGGCAUGGUGAGCUCAGCAGAGCUGGCAAGGGGCUGAGCAGGAAGCAAGGCACCUCACUUCUAAUAGCAUCAGCAUUUGGUUGUGCCAAGCGCUGCCUCUGGCUCCUUUCUUAUUGUGAUGCAGACUGGGGUGAAGGUGUAUGGGGGAAGCCUGGGGCACCCUGUGGUUGGGUGCUCCCCUCCUGAACCCCAGCACCUCCCAGAGCUGGAGCUUGAGCCCCAGCUGGGACCCACGGGGAAGGUGCAGAAGGUAAGACAUGGUGUGCAGGCAAAGGGGGAGCAGGGCUGGCUGUGGCUCAAGGGCUGCUCAGGCAGUCCCCCAAGUGCACCAGUCUACACCCUGGCACCAGCCCAGAGACCAUGGCAGCAUUGAGGGUGGGUGAUGUUACCUGUAACAGCCUUGCCACCAACCCAGGUGCAAGGUCUCCAGCACCAGCUGCUCCCACCAGCAUCAGCUCCUCCAGGGAAGGGAUUACAGAGCUCACCAGGCCCAGCACAAAGAAACAAUUCUUGGCCUGCAACAGAGGGCAGGUGCUGGUGGGUGCACGGGAUCUUGAAAGAUCCCUGCCUGCAGUUUGAAGCUGUAACUUGUGUAGCAGCCUGGGAACACAGAGCUGAAAUGCCAAUGGCAGCCCCAGCUCUUCAGGAAGGUGGAUGGGGGCAGCUGGAGAACAGCAUGCUGCUUCACGCACACAGGUUUGUCAGGUAACAGAGCGGGAAACUCAAAGUCAUCCCAAAGGAAAAUCUGAAGCUGAAAACACAAUUCAAGGCCAGGCAACAGAAGAAAGCAGUGUUUUCACCCAAACAAGUUCUUGAGACAAUGGCAGGUGCCAAAAAAGAAAAAAAGUCUUGCAUUCACACAUGGUCAGUGAUUCCUGGUAGCUCCAGAUAGAGCUGGUCACAAGGUGAGUGUGGAGAGAAGCAGGAUCAGACGGUCCCAACAUGAGGUGUGGGGUUUUUUUCUUUACCAGUGAGGUGAAUGUGACACAAAACCUUUGCUGUGUGAAUCUCAGCCCACAAAAUGUUGUAAUCACUCUCAUAUCAAGCAGCAGCAGGGAAAGCAUGAUGCUACGCAGAGACAUACCCAUAGGAAGGGUUACAGAUCAUGAAUGGAGGGUAAAGACAAAGAGUCUGGCCCAUUUGCUUGAGUUGAAAAAAAAUAAAAGCUGCUCAAACACAGCCCAGGGCUGCUAAGUUUUAGUUUAGUUGGAUAAAAUUUAGCUUCAUUUAGUGGUCUGCUCUGCAGGUAGCAAGAGCAACUGGGGUAAACUGAUGCAGGGGAACAGGGGCUUGCAGAGUAACCCGUGAAGC